AUGGCUUCUACAUCAACAAAGGCCAGCGUCCUCACGAAAUCGACUUUGAAACCGGCAAUGACUUUGAAGGGUGGAUACACAUCCAUAUGCUACUUUUCAGACGACAAGCGCAUGAUCAGCGGAUCUACCGACAAGACCGCUCGACAAUGGGACCUGAAGGCUGGUAAGGAGAUUGAGGAGGAGCGACAUGUUUACGAGAACAAGGUAUGUGUGGUGGCGGUAUCGAGGGACGGUCGAUGGGUUGUCACUGGUGGUGGAGAUCACGAUUGUGCAGAGCUGAAAGCCUGGGAGGUUGAGACCGGGAUUGUUAAAACAUUUCAAGGACACUCAAGGGAGAUCAGCUGCAUUGAUAUCUCUGCGGACAGCAAGCUACUAGCGAGCGGAGCAGGAGAUGUGGCACGAAUAUGGAACCUGGGCACUGGCAAACAUGUGGCUGGACCAUUCAAGACCGUUGAUUUUGUGGGCACGGCUCGAUUCUCAACAGACUCAAAGAAGGUUGCGGUGAACUUGUGGACGGGGAGCCGCCUUGAGGUCUGGGAUGUCGAAACACAAAAGUUGGAUGUGAGAGUAGGGGAGUCCCGUGGAAGACUCGGACGAACCACAAAUGUGCCCGUGUUCUGGACAAACAAAAACAAAAACAUUAUAGCUACAUUCACCUUCACGGAUGACCACGCCAACACGAUCUAUGAGUUUGACGCGUCGACGCUGGAGACUGUCGGAUCUCCCUUUGAAGGGCACACCAAACUAAUCACCGGUCUGGCAGUUUCACAUGAUGGUGUUGUCCUUGCUAGCGCUGCCGGAGACGACACCAUCAAGCUCUGGGCUGUCGAGUCCCGCCAGCUCCUCGCUUCCUUCGACGUUCAGAACCUCCUUACCCUUAUAUUCUCACCUGACGCAUGUCAACUAGUUUACACGACUUAUUCUGCGGUCAUUGUAUGCGACACUCCUCCUGACGUCCUUGCUAGUGUACGUAAAAAGGCAACCCUCGGUGAUCUACUAAAUUCCGACGCAACUCGUCGACCUCCUGCCUUGCCUCGCAAUCCACUGGUAUUGCCUAGUCCACAAAGACCUCUGUCUACUGUAAACACGCAGCAACCCAUCUUCCUUCGCCUCAGCAACCUCCUUCACUUCACUUCUCGCACGAAUGCAGUUCCCAGUGUCCAACUUCGUAAUCCACUAGAUGUCCCUGCUACAUUGCCCUUACCAUCCUCGCUCUCGGGACAGGCCGCACCUCAGUUUGAUCAUUUCGAAAUAAGUUCUCCACCUCGCACCUCGAAUGCUCCAGUCACACAGUUUCUACGACAGCACCUGUCGUUUCUCGUGCCAAGACAUAGCCAUGUGCAACCAGUUGUUGAAGUUGCACCGGGACGGAAGUUCACUCGGCUUGCCGCUGCCAAUUUCCCAGAAUAUAGGAAAGUCGAUGACACCCGACAUCUGUCUGGACAGCAGGCGGGAGUGCCGCAGGAUGUCGACACAUCUGACAUCGAUUCACUCCCAGAUGUGCAUUGGGUCAAGGCGUUCCUGUGCUACUAUUCAUGCUGGUCCCAUGGCAGACUGAGGAAGCCUCCUCGAUGGCGCUUGGAGCGUGUUGAUAUACCCCGUCGGGAUAGCACGACAAAUACUAGUAGUGGACGUAAUGGUGCUCAUGGUCGCAGUUAA